CCUGGAGCCCUGGAGGGUUGUGCGGCGAUCGAUCUGGAGGACGAACGCUCGGCCCGCAGGCGCCAACUCGCUGGGUUCCGUGGCGUCCAGCGCCGUAGACUACCUGACUACCUAGGUACAGUAUUUAUUCGCGGUGCAGCCCCUGCAGACAUGCCAGCAGCAGCCAGGUAGCCGAGCGUCGACUUUACUUCGUACUUCUAGCAAUUUUCUCCCCGUCUGCCGCCGCCCCCCCAGCAUGCCGAAAGAACGCAAGAAGCGCGGCCGCCGCGAGGAGCACAAGAAGCGCAAGCGCGAGCACGACGACGAAGGGGGCUCGAAGCGGCACAAGACGAGUGCGGACGAGCCUGUGCCGUGCCCGGACGCCGCCGUCGAUGGCGUCGCCCGCCCCGGCGCGCAGCCCUUCUACGGCAUGCUCGACGACGACGAGCAGGACUACUUCAGGCGCGCCGACGAGCUGCUCGAGCUGAACCAGUUCGCCGACCCAGAGGAGCGCAAGCUGUUCCUGGAGAAUGUCUAUCGGGAGGCGAGCGGGAAGGAGCUGAAGAUUGCCCACAGCCAGUCCUGCUCGCGCUUGAUGGAGCGGUUGAUCCUGCUCUCCACCCCAGACCAGCUCAAGGGCCUAUUCCAGAAGUUCAAUGGGCACUUCCUCCAUCUCAUCCAGCACCGCUUCGCCUCCCACUGCUGCGAAGCGCUCUUCAUACAGGCCGCGCCCGCAGUCACCCAAGAAGUCGCCAAACCCGCGCUUACGCAAACCCCGCCCUCUUCCGACCCCAAUGACAUCUACGUAUCCAUGGAGAACCUGUUCCUUUACACACUGGACGAGCUGGAAGGCUACCUGGGCUAUUUGAUGACGGACCGGUUUGCCUCGCACGUCCUGCGAGUCCUGCUGGUCGUCCUUGCCGGCGAGCCGCUUGAGAAGUCCAAUCACAAGUCGCUUCUCCAAAGUAAAAAGAAGGAGAAAGUGGCCAUCUCCGGCGCGGAGAAGACGCAAGAGUGGGCGCUGGAGAAGAGAACUGUGCCACUAUCGUUUCUCGUUGCUCUGCAGAAGAUAAUCAACGACAGCAUGGCGGGCUUGGAUUCCUCUUAUCUCCGCCAGCUGGCUGUGCAUCCAACCGGCAACCCCACCCUGCAAUUACUGCUCCGGCUCGAGCUAACCCAGUUUGGCAAAUCGCGAGCGAAAGAUGAGAAUUCGAUUAUCCACAGACUGCUUCCGGAUGAUCCAAUCGCAGGAGGAACCGAGAGCGCAUCCUUCAUAAACGGCCUUGUCUACGACGCAAUCGGCUCGAGGCUGCUAGAGACCAUUAUCCAGUAUGCUCCGGGGAAAUUGUUCAAAACCAUCUACGGGGAGUUUUUCAAGGAGCGCAUGGGCAGCCUGGCACGCAACGAGAUCGCAAGCUACGUCGCGGCGAAGAUACUAGAGCGGCUAGGCAAGGAUGACCUCGAGGAAGCGAUGCGCCAGAUUGUCGAGCAGAUUCCGAACUUGGUCGAGCGAAACCGAACGGCCAUCCUCAAGACGUUGAUCGAGCGCUGCGUUGUUCGAGGCGUCGACACCACGCCAAUCAAAGCCCAGCUGCAAACAGCAUACGCCGGUUCCAACGGCUUUGAAGUGACGCGCAUACUGAAACUCAGCGAGGCCCCAUCAGAGGAUGGAAAGUCGAAUUCGAAACACGAGUAUGCCCACCCGGACAAGGUCCAUGGUUCUCUGCUUGCACAAGCGAUGAUGGCCGUUCGUGGGCCCUUGGGCAACUUGAUCUUCGACUCGUUGGAGAAACUUGGUCCCCACUUGACCAUCAACAUCGCUCGCGAUCCAACAGCGUCCCGGACACUGCAAGCCGCGCUUACCUCCCCCCACGCAUCCGUCAUAUUCCGACGCAAGGUGAUCCAGAAGUUCUAUGGUCAUGUCGGCGAGCUCGCCUUAGAUCCUGCAGGCUCCCACGUAAUCGAUGCCAUUUGGGAAGGCACUCACGGGCUGGCAUUCAUCCGGGAGCGCAUCGCGGAAGAGCUGGCAGAGAACGAAGCCUCUCUCCGGGAAUCUCACGUAGGCCGCGCCGUUUGGCGAAACUGGCGCAUGGAUCUAUACAAACGGCGACGCAAUGACUGGGUCAAGCAAUCACGCUGGACAGCGGGCAACGAAGGUUUCCAGUCCUUUCCCGAAAGCAAUGGCGACACUCACCCUGCCACGUACAACAAUAAAGCGGGUAAGCAUCUGACGGCCAUCGAGCUCGCACGGCAGAAACACGCAGCCGCGAAAGCAGCCCAGGCGAAGAAGGAAGCACAGCAAGCAAAAAAAGAAAGUAGCAGCAAGGAGGUUAGCAGUAGGGAGAAUAAAACGAAGAAGGAGCAGCACGCAUCGAAAUCGAGUAGCAGCAAAGGCAAAGAAAAAGCGGCUGCCAUGGCGCAAUAGACGGCAUUGGCGCAUAUUCUCGGCAUUUGGGCGGCGUUUUCGGCGGGCCUUGGCUUUAGGAACCAUUUGGAUUCGGACUAGAUACCUUUGGUGCAUUUUGCUCGGCAGAGCGCGCGGUGAGAGUUUUCU